AUGAAUAAUUGGAGUCAUCCAAAACGGGAAAGCAUAUCUGAUAGUGAAGAUUCUACUGGAAAAAAACUAAAAGUCACUUCCUCAGUUACAGAAAAUGCAGAAAAAGUGGAAAGUUCGAAGACAUGUGCUUCUCAGGAAAUUAACUCCUCCAUUGGGAAAAAUGACAAUGGUAGAUUCGACUCUGAAGUAACUUCGAAUCAAGAAUCUGGGGAAAGGAUUCUUGCAAAGGGCAUCCCCUCAUCUAACUUGGGAGCUGCAAGUCAAUGUGUUAGUAAAGUGUUCCCAAUUGAAGCCAGUGCAGCAGAAGACAAGGGUUCUAGGCACAGCAUGGAAGACGCAUGGGUUGUUCUUCCUGAUGCAAGCAUGGAAUGUCCUGGAACUUUGAGGUGCUUAUGCUCUUCCUUCAUGUGUAUCACGUAAUUUUUCUUCUGUGUUGUCAGAUACCACAAAAAUCCAGUGGUUUUUUUCUUUUCCUGCGGUGCAUGUAGACGAUCCAUUACUGUGGUUGUGCAUAUGGUAUCUAGAAAUAAUUACGAGUGAAACUGGAAGAUUUUGAAAAGUUUUCACUUAUCGUUUCACCUAAUAGGUUAUUUUUCUUCAUCAAACAUCAUGUAAAGGAUGAUAACAUGGUUUUCACGUGUGUCAUCCAUUGUGGCGUCAGUUUUUCCUUGAUUGCUGUAUAUUGACCUCCGUUACAUUCACCACUGUCAAAUGGCUUUGUUGGGAUUUGUGUUCACUAUUAUAUGAAGUGGAAGCGCAGCAAAUGGGAACCUAGGAGAGAGGAAAGACAACCUCCAUAUUUCACUGUGUAGAGUGAAUGUAAAAGUAGAUUAUGCACAAACGGGCUUCAUGAUUUCAAUGAUGUAGCCGAGUGUUUUAGUUAUCACUGUUUCAAACAGUAGUCACUGCGCUCGAGUAGACAUGGCAUGGGUACUUGACUUGUUCGAGGAGAUUAUGGUAGCCCUGGCUGAAACGUAUAUGGGUGCAAUGUGAAUUUCAUGUGGACUGGCAUUCCACAUUAUCAGUUUUUUACCACAUCCAUUAUGUUUAAAUUUAUAUGGUAUAUUAUUUUACGAUUUUACUGACAGUAACAUUUCAUUUGCUACUCUUAGCCACAUUCACUUGCUAAUUUUUAUAGAAUCAUAUUCUAGUUAUCAACGCACGUAUCACAUCUGAAAUGAAGUCCAUUGAUUUGUUUGUGGCCUUAUGCCUCCCAUUUUAAAAAGAGUAUGCCAAAGAUUUCAUUGUUGUUCCUGGUUUUACCCUUAUACUAUGAUUGCAUCUUUCGUGACAGAUGUGCACAUUUUGCGAUUUAUGAUGGGCAUGGAGGUCGACUAGCUGCUGAUUACGCACAAAAGCACCUACACGCAAAUGUUCUUUCAGCAGGAUUACCACGUGAGUUGGUGUGUCUGCCUGUUCUGCUUAUUUUUUGUGGUUAUAGUAGUGAAGAAUCAAUUACUGGAUAGAGGAUGCAUUCCAAUGUCUAUUUAAAAUCGAUGCAGAUUUCAGUCAUAAAAUGGUUUAAUGAGCAUUUAAUGAAUUGAAAAAUAUUUAUAUUUCAUUUGAUUAAUAGCAUCGUGAAUACAGCUACCAGAAUGGUUUACAGAUGUUAGACAGACAGCAGCGUUAUACGAACUAUGUUGUAAGUGGUUCUUAAGACAUUGAAAGGAAUAACAAUAAAAAGGUGGUAAAUUUCGGUUGGUGUCAUAGAUUAAAUUUCAGGUAAUGGCAGAACUCACUAAGUGAAGUGGCCGAAGAUUAAAUUUAGUGCGUAUGGUCGAAGGUAGCAAGUAUAUACAGUCGUAAGAGCUACCAUGAUAAUCUUCAUUCCUAGAUUAGACUUGAAAAAGGGAUUUAGAAACCAAAUUAAUAUAUUUCUCAAUAGUUGAUGGCUCGCCACUUCUUGCCAACUGUUCAGCAUUAAAAUGCCACAUUUUUACGUUUUGAGAACAAUAGAUUUUGGAAACCACAGUGGUACGACUCAUCAUUGACGAAAAAUGAUGGAUCUUUAACUAAUUAUAAGAUCAGCAGCUUUACUAUUUUCAGUAACCCAAUUUAAGGCACCCAGGUGCUUUCUUCCAAAACUAUGUGAAUCAUAGGGGCAAAAUUUGUGCUACUCAUAAAAAAGGAGAAAACAUCAUUAUGUAAAGUAAAUCUACCAUUUUCUCUCUUUGGGGCUUUUCUCAUAGAAAGUCCUAUUCUAGAUGGAGUUCUGUUUGCACUGACUUUAUUUUAAUUGUUUUAUCUGGUUUUUUUAUAGAUUUUCCCUCAAAAGCUUCUUAAGCUGUUACUCUUUUGUAUGCUCUUUUAGCUGUUUCUUAUGUGGAAAAAUCCAUUUGCAACUUGCAGAUGGAUGUCAGAGCCUCCAAGAAAGCGAUCCUUGAAGGUAACUGAAUAUUUACAGCUUAUUCUGUAAUAAAUUUCAAUUAUACUUUUUCUCAACAGUUUUUAUGGUGGACCAAUGGUACUUUCAGAGAGUCUAUUGCUUGAUGUCAUCUGUUUCUCUAACAUCAGAGUGACUGUCAUUUUUCUUUUGUGUUUCGGAGCUGAGGUCCUUUCUGUUUAAUAAAUAGGUCUAUAUCACGAUUAGCUAUAUGCAUUGAUAGAAUUACUGCUGCCAGCAUUCUAUGUCAUGCAGGUUAGUCCUCGGAGCUCUUGAUCUUAGUAUUCUCAUUAUCAUGUUAUAUUUGGGAAAAAAAAAACUUACUUCACUGAAUAGGCAUAUUACGCCAAUCUCAUACAUAGGGAAGCCACUAUCAGAAUGGAAUUGGCAUUGGGUCCUUAAAAUGGAUUGUUUAGUGACACAUCCUUCAUGUAACCCUAUGGGCUAUACAGAGUUAGGGGAAUGAGCAUGUAGUCUGAAAAAAUUUCAAUUUUCCGUGAGAUAGGUGAAAGAGAAGGUGAGGCAUUGUUUUUAGGGGGAAAAGCAUGAUUGUUCCAUUUUCGGUACUUUGUGCUGCCACCAUUGCGUGAACUAUCUCGAUGUCGUCUAUAUACUGUGCACGGUGUUUUUAAGGACACGGGAUAUACUGGUGCAUUUUUCCGUUUUUAUUAAGAUGCAGUAUUAUCCACUUUCUGAAAACUAUGUACAAGUUGAAAAUCACACUGUCGUAUUUAAAGCAAUAUAAUAACUCAGAUUACAUGAUGGUAUUUCUGAGUUUGUUUUUGUCUGUGCAAUAUUGUUGUAUUAUGCCCUAGUUAUGUACUACUGUUGUUUUAUCCCUCUCUGUUGGAAUUUUUAUUAAUCCUCUUCAAUUUUUUUGUGGUGAGCUUUUUCAGGCUUUCAGAAAACUGAUGAACGCCUUCUUCGAGAAAGUGCUGCGGGUAAUCAUGCUCACUGAAUAAUUUUAACAAUUCCCUUCCUUAUUGAUUGUUUUUGGCUUUUUGUAAUUCAUGAAAUACUCAAUAGUCAUCAGGUUGGACUGGCAUUAUUAUGUGAAUCUCUGUUACAUUGAAUUUAAAUAGAAGCAUUGAUGAAGUAGAAAGUUGCAAAGAGGGCAGAAUAUCCUGUGGUUUGAAUCUGGAACUGGAGUACAAGAAGUGAUACUCAAACAUGGAACAUUUAUGGAUGACUUGAAUACGUAUCGUGAUGGUAACGAGAAUCAGGUGGGUUGGAAUCUGUUUUUGUCACUCAUUUGAGAAUCUAUUUGAAUCACCUAAACUAAACAAUAAAAACUUGUAAAGUUAUCAAGAAAUUCUUACCAGUCCAAACAUGAUAGUGGUUUGAUUCUACUUCAUAGGCUCAACAGUAUCCGUGAAUAAAAUCAAGAAGCCUUCCAAGACCUGUCUAACUUUAUUUUUUUGUCGGAAUGAGUAAAAUGAGGCCCUCCUGAUUCGAAGAGGCACGGGUUACCUCGUCUUGAUGGAUUUUUCUUGGGAAUGAAUAUCUAUGAUAAUGGAGUAAACUGACCUGAUUGUUAUGAGUUGUCAAAAGAAGGAUUGGUGGCUAACGAUCAGGGGAAGGCCAUAUGCUUUGAAAUUAUAUUUUGAAAAAUGGUAGGAUAGAGUUGACUGAAGCUUUUUUUUAUAUGGUUUUGUGGCUAUGAGAUUCAAGGAGAAUAAGAUACCUAGAAUGGAAAAAUGUUCCAGGUAAGUUGCAUUUCAGUUGUGUUUAAGACAACUCAAGACUAAUGUACGCUAUGGUGGCAGAAGAGAGGAUUACUUGGGAGAAGGAAUGAUCUCCUAAUGGACUAAACGUAUUUCCCUGCUAAUACCCUUAUUUGCUUCCAGGAAUGAAUCAAAAGUGAUCAAUUUACACGCUGUUACCUUAGGAGAUGACUUGGGCAACGAUAAACUCCACACAAUCAGGAAUAGUCGGCAUUAGUAUCUCUCAAACACGAUCUGUAUUUUGCCACGCGUUUUAAAAUGUGCCAGUAAAUGUUUGGGAUGAGCUCGCUAAUGGUCCCAAUAAGUGUAGUAAUUUUCAUGCAGUUUAUUCCAUCAAACCUGUAGCCAUUUUUUUAAAGGUAAGCACCUUAUUUUUUUGCCAGACCCAAAUCUUUUCAAAAUGUACAAAAAAUUGGCACCGACGUGAACAGUCAAAUUUUACUAGGGUCUUUGUCUGUCCUUAUUUUUGUUUUAUGGAGUUCCCAACAUCGAUUUCAUAUUUUUCUUCAUUAAUGGUUCUGUUUCAUGGAAAGCAGAAUGAUACCAGCAUUUUGUUUCACUGGACAUUUAUGCUUUCCAGAGGAUUUUUUCCGUGAUAAAUAGAUUCCUUAGUAUUACAAAGUCAAACAUGGAUAUUUUGUGAUAUGUACUAAAGUGAUUUUAUAUUAUCACAUAUAAACAUCCAACAAGAUUAUAUCCCUAUCUCUUAUCUUUUUCAGGGGGUUGGCAGGAUGGUGCAACGGCUGUAUGCCUGUGGGUGUUGGGCCAAAUGGUAAGUAUGCUACUCUUUUUACAUUUCAAUUACCAUUCUUCUUAUAUUACAGCUUUCCAUAAAUAGUCUCACUCUCUGUUCAAAGCUUUAUGUACAUCAUCACGUUCGAAUGAGCAACCAUUGAUAUAAUCCGAGGACAAUUUGAUGGAAACGUAUUAGAUCUGGCACAUGAUGUCUCAUUGUCAAUUCUUACGUUGAUGUACUCAUGAUCGCAUUUUUCCUAAUUGAUAAAAAAAGAUUCAAUUGUUUAUCAGGGAGCAAUGAAACAUGCUUUAUGUUCCGGUCUCACCUACGCAUUGAGUCUGCUUUACUGUCAUAUGGCCACAAUAUUUUGAUAAAAGCCAGAUAUGAAACCUCACUACUGCCUGAGGUUACUAGUAGUGUUCUUUAGUUUCACUAUACUUAAGUGAUCAACUCAGAAGAAUGCAUCCGCUUCAGGGAUCUCUAUGGAAUGUAUCCUCUUGGGCAAGUAUCUUCUUAAGUGCCAGAAUUUAUACGACUUUACAAAUUAACAUCCUUGUUGAACCAUUAAUUUAUUAAAGAUUAAAAUUUCUGGUUGAAAUAUUUCAUUUUAUUACGAGUUUGUACAAUCUCUCUUGCACUUGUGGUCAUGAUACUGAAGGAUUAUUUGGGUCAGAUGAGGGAAGGAAGAACCUAGUAUGCUCUAGAAGUCCCAGAGGUUUGCAACAGGACACUGAAGCCAUCAAUGCGGGAAUUUGAGAAUCAGGCAGCCAACCCAGAAAGCUUCGUAUGGAAUGUUAUUCCUGCGCUGCAGAAGCCUUCAAAUAUCUUUGGAAACUGUCGACAAGAAGGCUCCCGGCUUCAUAUCGAAUAAAGAAAUCAAAUCCAACGGCUAGUAAAAUUUUCUUAAUUUUUCCGUCAAACUUGGAUAAGGUGAAGCUUGGACUUUUAUCAGGAAGAUUGAUUUGCAGAGAAGCCUUGCAUUCUAGGACCCCUUUGUCUGUUUUGUAUAAUUUUUUUUUGCCGGAUACUUGUGCUUAAUGAGCUCUGCUGUAUGCGAUUGGUGUAAGGGAUGUUUCUAAUGUAUCGAAUGACACCAUUACUUACCGAUCGCCACAUAGUGGUUUUCUAUUGUGUUCUUGUCUUUUCCACCAUCAAUUAGUAAAAAGAUAAGAAGCCUGAUAGACCUUCAUUUGCACAAAUGUUCGCUUCUAUGAGGUUUUGCGGCUGGAUUCCUUUUUUAUAUAGAUGGUUUCAUGUGUUAUCGCAUUUUUCCUUUUGGCUUUGGCAUCUUCAUCCCAAUGUCAGUUUCAGAUUCCGUGUCUCUAUGCAAUGAAGGCCUAAAAAGGAAGCCAUGUCGUGUAAAUAUUAACUUUUUGACAUUAUUGGGCCUUUGACUUAUUGACUAAUAUAGCUGUGACAGUGGUCAUCAGUUGUGAUAUUGUAUCCACGAAGUUUGACUCACAUAAUUUUUUCCAUCUCUUGUCUAAAAAAUCACUUGUUAGGUUUUGGUUGCAAAUAUUGGAGAUGCAAAAGCAGUAUUGGCACGGUCGUCUCGUGCAGAUGGGCCCCAUGAUGCUCCUCUGAAGGCAAUUGUUAUCACAAGAGAACAUAAAGCUAUCUUUCCAAAUGAACGCGCUCGUAUUCAGAAGGUAAUGAAUGAUGUUGUUGAUGGGCAUGUUUUCCAAAAUGAAAUAUUCAUUAGGGUGAUGUCACUUCAAAUAGUUUCCAGCUGCAUACUGCAAUAGAUCUACGUAAAUGUAAUUGUCACAUGUUGCCAUUGCUUCUUGACCCCUCUCUUUUGAAAACGAACCCCAAACUUGAGUUUAACCCUCUAUGUAGUCUCAUUUCUAGAACCUUAUAAUAAUCAUAUAUUUAAUGCAUGCAUCAACCCUAUCAAUUCCAGUGAGAAAAAAUUUAAUCUUUUUUUAUUUUACAAAUUUCAAUAUAUAUUAACAAAUACUUGAAUCUGAGGCCAUGAUCUCUUUCAUAAUGCAGAGAUUAAUCGCUAUAACGCAGUCAUUGAGUAUCUUAUCUUGUUCUAUGUUUAGCUUCGUGUUUACUGUAAAUACAGAGUAAACCACAUGAUGUUUUUUUCUUCUCUCUUUACUGCUGGUGAAGAAGAGUGAAGGGUUUCUUUCCAUUUUUUACUUGAUCCUCAGUCUUUGGUACUCUCAAAGUAAUAUAGGGACUAUGUUCUCGCUUCUAUACCUUGUAUUGCUCUAAUUUAUAUGAUUGGUACCCUUCCUAUGUCAGACAGUUUUUGGUUGGUACCCUUUUACUUGUACCCUCAAGAUAUCAUUCUUUCGCUGGUAUACACCUCGCAAGCUCUUGUAGCCUUGCCCAUACGCAGGAUUUGGCGUUUGCUUCCUUGUAGCGGAGGAAAUGGCUGCUGACUACUAUUCUCUAUAUUACUAUUUAUAGACGGUGAACGAGACUUUUCAUAUUUAUGAGGGUAUUUAUUACCUAAAAGAUAAGACGACCAUAUGGCUGAGAAAUUGAGAAUCGAUAUUUUCUGCAGAAAUUUAAAGUGGCGUGGAUAUAUUAAAAAAAUAGAUCAUGAAAGAGGUAGAAAUACAAAUUUCCAAUGCAUAAGCAUGUAUGCAUAUAUUUUGACCUUUGAUGUUAUUGCUUUCAAUCAAUUGGGUGAGGCUCUUAGCAGCCUUCAGAUUUUACUUUAACCAUGAUUUUCUCCCUAAUUUCUCUUCCAGGCCGGCGGUUCAGUGGGUGCCAAUGGGCGUCUACAGGGUCGUCUGGAAGUUUCUAGAGCUUUUGGGGAUCGCCAAUUCAAGAAGGUGUUUUUCCUUACUACUAUAUAUAUAUAUAUGAUCCACUGUCGAUCUUACACAUCAUUCACUAGCUGCUUCAUCACGUUUUACCUGAGAAACGGGCUGAGAAAAAACCUCAGUGCCUCCCCAUGAUCCUUGGAUAGUUCUGGAUUCAGCCAAGCAGAGCAUUAUCUUCAGUUCCUCGUUUACCUUGAUUUUUUAUUAUUUUUUAAUUUCUUUUUCUUCCCCACUGAAUGCUUUCGACGUAUAAAAAUAGUAUUCGUCUUCCCUUCGAGAUAUGUACUCGAUGCUUUUUUUGGCAGUGAUCUGAUGAUUUUUUCUAGUCAGUAUUGAUUAAAACAUUUUUAGGCUGCUAGAAAGCUCAUCAAAAUCCAUGGGUUAAUAGCUAGAAGCUAUUAACAUAGUGUGGAAGCAGGGAACCUCUUCCAUUUUCUCAGAUUCUCAAACAACUCUUGACUCUUAUCAAAGCUUCUUCAGGGAGCGUAUCUUCUCUCGCCCAUGAACGCGUAUCUUCUCUCACUCACUCAACAGCUUACCUAUACCUAUUCGGAACCACAGGGUAUAUACCUCUUUGGAACUCACUCAAUAGCAUCUAAUAAAACGAAAAUUAACGAGUUUUUGGGUCUGGAACAUCCUCCUGAGCGAUUAGUUUCUUAUAAUGUACUAUUUUUUUUUGCCUCGGAAGGAGAUGAGAUGGGAUACUUCUAGUCUGUGAUCUCAGUAGAUAAACCUCUUCCGGGUUUGGACGUUCUUCUUGCAGGUGGGGGUCACUGCCACUCCGGACAUCCAUUCCUUCGAGCUCACAGGGAGAGAGAAAUUCAUCAUCCUUGGCUGCGACGGCCUCUGGGGGGUGCUCAUUCCUAACUCCUGGCCGUCCUGCUGUUCUACGGACCUGCUCGCUGAUCUCUCUCUGCUCCUUGCAGGUGUUUGGACCCAGUGAUGCGGUGGACUUCAUCCACAGACAUUUACAGGUAUGCGCACAUAGCAUGCCGCUUUCAAGCUUCCAUUCUUUUGCCUGGUUUUAGUGAGAGAAAUGGCUCGUGAUCAGGCUGUAAAAUCUCACAAGAUUUGAUGUGGUUUUAACCGCUCUCUUCCCUCCGCAGGACGGCCUACCUGCGGCUGCUGUGGCCAGGCGCCUAGUGAGAGAAGCUGUCCGUGAGAGACGCUGCAAGGACAACUGCACGGUCAUAGUUAUCGUCUUCAAGGACAAGUAA